AUGUCAACAUUUGUUUCACGCGACGAAGAAGCAAAACACGGAAAAACAGUAUGAGCAAACCAUACCACGAGCCACGAAAACCACCAUAAUUAUGCUGUAAAUCUUUUGAUAUUUAGUGAAAGCGGCGAGUUACCUUCACAAUGUUUGAGAAGUCUUACCAGCGUCUUUCUCAGAAUGACACGACAGUACCGCGGACUCCUGGACUGUUUGUAUCCGCCGAUAGCUACACACGAGCGGGCUACCAUAAAGGGCUUUCCUUUGAAUAUAUUCCUAACGUUUCUGAAAACGACUUCAGUGAUAGCUCCCAGGGAUGGCUGUCAUCGAUUUGCAAUCUAAUUGUCACCCUCCUCGUCCACGUCUGCACCUUUAUAACCUUUCCAAUAACAGGGUGGUUUGUAUUAAAAACGGUGCCAAACUACCAGAGGAUAGUAGUGUUUCGCCUGGGUCGUGUCUGUCCUCCAAAGGGUCCGGGUAUUGUCCUGGUAUUGCCCCUCAUUGACCAGUGGCAGAGGGUAGACCUGCGCACCCGUGCUUUCAAUAUACCCCCAUGCCAGGUACAUACCAGGGAUGGUGGCCUCUUCUCCGUGGGAGCAGACAUUCAGUUCAGGAUCUGGAACCCCGUCUUAUCGGUGGUGUCCGUGCAGGACCUGAAUACUUCAACCAGAAUGACAGCUCAGAACGCUUUAACUCACAGCUUGGCCAAGAAGACGGUCAGAGAGAUCCAAACGGAGAGAGUGAAACUGGGAGAAUACCUUGGUGUAGACAUAAAUGAGAUGACUCGUCCCUGGGGGCUGGAGAUAGACAGGGUAGAACUCACACCAGGUUCUCUUCUUAAAGCCCCUGAGGAAGGACCUCCUGGGCCUCUUGUUGUUCCCCCCUCUGUACCUGGAAUGGAGGGCCUCGCAGGUCCUCUUCAGCAGCUGGCCAUGCACUUUAUGAGCCACAGCUUGCAGCCUCAGCAAGAGAGCAGUGUGACAUUCAUAGAUGAACGGAGUGGCGUCUGUCAGGCUGCAGCCACACUAAGUUCUGUUGAAGAGCUGCUCUGUGCAGUCCAGCGUGUCCUCUCCGAAACUUUGGUGAACCAGGUCGGUGCCUGCUUCCACUUUGAUAUCAUCUCAGCAGAGGGACAGCAUUGCAGUUACUUUGUGGAUUUAAGCCAAGGUCGUGGGGCAGCUGGAGCCGGAUCCCUGUGCAGACAGCCAGAUGUAACACUGACUAUGUGUGACGAGGACCUUCUGGCCAUGUUCCAGGGAAUACUACAGCCACUUGCUGCUUACAGCAGCGGUAGACUUCAAAUUCAGGGGGAUAUUAAAACCGCUAUGAAGUUGGAGGAACUCAUAAAGCUGCUUAGGGAGUAACGUUUUCAUGAGUUAUUUAUUGCAAGUUAGACUUGAUGGGAGCGCACUGGUUUUUAUUGUCUGCACUAAUUACAUUUGUUAUGAAUUUCU